AUGUCUGUUGUUGCCGACCAGGUCCGCCGCUUAGACGCGCAGCUGGAUCGGAUUCCACUGGGUCUAAGUCUAUCUCAAGAAGAUGGCGAGCUCUCUGCCGAAGAGCAUGGCAUUUUUCACUCAGCCACCGUAGACGCACUGUCGUCGCCAAGAAUUGAGGAGCUCCUGCAUAUCGUCAGGGCUCUGUCUACCACCUCUACUUCGCUUUCCCUGCUCCCCGCCCAGAGGAUUCGCACUCUACUGCAAGAAUCCAAACUUGCGGAAUGGGACUUCCAGGCGGAGCAGGAUGACGAAGCCAGACGAGGUCCUUACCAGUCGGAAAUCGAGUGGCUGCUCGUCAGCAAAGCUACCGUACAGACUUACGGUAUCAUUUUGAACACGCUCCUCGACCAGAUCAUCCCUCUCAGUGAUGAGAUGUGGUACUGGGAUGAGGUUUUGAGCUCUUAUACUUAUAGCAGUCUCUACACUGUCCAGACGUCGCCAUUGCGUUUGUGGGCUUUGACUAAGGACGUCUACCAUGAAAGCAAGCACCGCAUUCGAAAUCUCAGCCAGACGCCGGGAGACAUUGUCGCAUCGACGCGGACAGGAUUAUCACAGCAAUGGAAACAAUUUUACGGCAUCGUACGGGACAGCAUUCGGGACUCAUCGAUCACGACCCUUCAGCGCAAGGUCCUUUCGCCUGUGGCUCUUAGCCGGGGCGAAGCUAGGAGGAAACUGGCACAUCUCAAGCGCUUGCGGGAUAUGAUAGCAAGCGGUCUUGGUGUGCUCGUCGACGAAGGGCUGACCUUUGGAGGAGACGAAGAUGACGACAAGAGCGAAGCGGGUGUCAACAGCCAUGACUGGAAAGGUGUGGUUGAGCGAAGCGUGGCUCUCAUGGACAUGGUUCUUAAGGAAGCCUUGACUCUGGAGUCUGGCGUCAACGAUUUUGAGGACAAGGUAUUCGCCGGAGUCGAGGAGGACCCCGAGCUUAGCAUUCACAUCGAGGACGCCAACGCUCUGGAGAAGCCUUCCGUGCUGGCUAGACGUCUUCUCAACCUCCUGGAUAACGGCCUUCCCAACCACGUCAUGUCUGCGCAGCUGCUUGUUCGUGAGAACGGUCGCCCGUCGAGAUUCAUCCGAUACUGGUUGCCUGCAACAGCAGCUCUGCUGUCAUCGACGACUGUCCUUCGACUUCUUGCCAACAGACGAGCUGAGAUUCUAAGCUGGGUUCGGGACAUUGGAUCUACGGUACGAGACUUUUGGUUUAACUGGGUCAUCGAGCCGACACGGAAGAUUGUCGGAACUAUUCGACACGACUCGAGCAGUGAGAUCGCCAUCAUGAGCCGAGAUAGUCUCAAGGCCGAUCGGGAAAGCUUGGAGCGCAUGGUUGUGGACUUUGCUUUGGAUAAACCUCACUUUGCUGGCGACGGCUCGUCGCUCACCGACGCCCAGAUCGAAGUAAUCCGCACCAAGGUCAGCGAGGGAGACGUCACACCGGUUUUGCGUGCAUACGAAAAGGACUUGCGGACGCCCUUUGUUGGGGCGGUGAAGGGCGACCUCGUCCGAUCACUCCUCAUCCAAGUCCAGAAGACCAAGGUCGACCUAGAGGUGGCCAUCAGCGGCAUCGACUCUCUCCUCAAGAGCCAGGAACUGGUGUUUGGGUUUGUGGGUCUGACACCUGGUGUGCUUGUCUCGAUUGGCAUUGUUCAGUAUCUUCGCGGCUUCUUUGGUGCUCGCAAGGGAGCCAGGCAGAGCCGCAAGACUGGACAGAGCAUCAGAGUGUUGCGCAACAUUGACAGGAUCUUUUCAGAGGCGACGCCGUCACAGAACAACCUCCUCUCUUACAAGGAUCACGGCCUCCUGCUGUGCGAAGUCCACGUGCUGCGCAACCUGAUGCAAAGAGUGCUGCCUCGCGACAGGCAGCGAGAGUUUCUCGAGGAUUUGGAUGAUCUUGCGAACUUGAAGGGGAUUCAGGUGCAGGUCAGAGCUUUGGAUCGCAUUCGCUGGGCGUACGCCAAGUGGCUACAGUAA